UUCAUUCCUCCACUCAGCGUCCUCCUCCUGCACCACCAGCACUCAUCCAGCUUCCUCCUCUCUCUCUCAAAUCUGAGCCCUUCUGGGACAACAUGAUGCAGACUGGCACGCUCGUGUUUUGCAUCUUACCUUUGCACUUUUUCCUCUGCAUUCAUUCUCUGCCGGUGCACGAGCGGCCAGCCAGCAGGUACAAGCAGCUACAGGUAUCGCCUCACGGCAACGGUCACGUUGGUCUGAAGAAGAGGGGAAAACACGAACAGGACACGUUAAAUGAAGAUUACCAUUUCAAGUCUGUCAAGUCGGCAUCCAAAAAUGACACAGAGCUGUGGAAGCGUCCUCGCUGUGGAGUCCCAGACUAUCCCACCUUAACGCAGGUCGGCCUGUCGUACUAUAACCUGAAGAAUAAGAAGAAGGGAGGCCUGAGCAGACAGCAGCGCAAGAAACGAUAUGCGCUGUUCGGAGGGCGCUGGGAGAAGACUCACCUCACUUACAAAAUUAUGCGUUUCCCCUGGCAGAUGAGUGAGGGCAAAGUGCGUCAAAUCUUCCAGGAGGCGUUUGGCGUGUGGAGUGCAGUGACUCCUCUGACGUUCGGAGAGGUCACCACUGAGAAAGCUGACAUCAUUAUUGACUUCAGCAGGUACUGGCAUGGGGACAGUUUACCGUUCGAUGGUCCCGGAGGUAUCCUCGCCCACGCCUUUUUCCCCAGGACACACCGAGAGGGCGAAGUCCACUUUGACUAUGAUGAGCAUUGGGUAGUGGGCAACGAUGUGGGCACAGAUCUCCCACAAGUGGCAGCUCAUGAGUUUGGCCACGUCCUCGGCCUGCAGCACUCCCUGGAGCCGGAUGCCGUGAUGAAUCCUUUCUACAGCGACUCCUACCCCGUGCAGCUCGGCGAGGAUGACAAGAGGGGCAUCCAGUAUCUGUACGGCCCGCCUCGGCACGCACAACCCGAGAUGACGGAGACCAAUGAGAUUGACAUUGGAACGCUGGACGCCUGCAGAACAAACUUUGACGCCGUGUCCAUGAUCAGGGGAGAGCUCUUCUUCUUUAAGUCUCGAUAUGUUUGGCGUAUCCGUGAUGGGCAGCUACAAGCUGGCUAUCCAGCCUUGGCUUCACGCCACUGGAGAGGCAUCCCUGACCACAUCGAUGCUGCGUAUGAAGACAAGUCUGGCAACAUCUGGUUCUUCCAAGGUGAAAGCUACUGGGUGUUUGACGCUGAGAGGAAGAUUACAGGACCAGAUUCAGUGUCGCAGCUGGGUCUUCCUGUCACAGAUAUCCAAGCAGCUUUGAAGUGGGAAGAGGACCGUGUGGAGAGAGUCUACCUCUUCAAGUCUGCUUCCUACUGGCCCUUCGAUCCUCAGGAGAAUCGAGUCGAUUACGUCCAUCCUCGCAGCAUGCACAAGUGGGGAGGAAUGCCCUCCAAGAUUGAUGCAGCCUUUCGGGACCGAUACGGCUACGCCAAUUUCCUGAGCGGGCUGCGAUACUGGAAGUUUGACCCCGUGGCGUUGAAGGUGCUGAAAGGCUACCCCCGCAGCAUCGGCACGGAUUUCUUUGGCUGUUCUGCCUCUCUGUCCAAAUAAGUUCAUACACAUGCAUCUGCUGAACAUGUGAAGAGCAGUGGAGGGACUUUUCAGCUUAACUCACCGUACAGUACAUUCUGUCUGUUUCGGAAAUAUACGCAAGGCUGAUGUAUUUCAUUAAGAUUGACUCAAAACACAUUUAAGUACAUCAAACUCUUGCAAAACUCACUGCCCGUUGCAAACAAUUUCUUUUUUUUAAACAAUGAAUUUGCAUUUGAAAAUACAUGGGUAGCAUGUUACAGUAAGGGACACAACAUUUUGAGUAGUAACCAGGGAACAAAUGAAGAAUGAAUGACGAACUAACUGUGAACUAGUGAACCGUUAGUGGGGCGGCUGUAGCUCAGUGGGUAGAAUGAUUGUCCUUCAACCUUCAAGGUUGGCGGUUAGAUCCCCGGCUCCUACUGUCUGUCGAAGUGUCCUUGAGCGAGACACUGAACCCCAACAGCAGCCCACUGCUUCUAACCCAAGUUUAUUUGUAUAGCCCAAAAUCACAAAUUUGCCUCAGGGGGCUUUACAAUCUGUACAGGAUAUGACACCUUCUGUCUUUUACAGUGUGACUUCCCAACAAUGUGUUGGAUCAAUCAACAAGCUUGAUUGAUGUGCAGGUCCGCACUACACGCUGUUGAGAGUUUGGAGAUGUGUGUGUUUGCUCCUCCAUGACCUACGGCUACCCAUAACACCCUUCUCCGCGUAGGUUCAUGAAGAUGUUUACGUGCAUCUUGGCUGAAGCAUAAUAACGGAUUCGGUCAGUGCCACCUGGGCACUAGCUUCAACCAUUUCAUUGUUCAUUGUUGGCAUUAUACACAGAAGAGCUCUGCAGUUUUGGAGGCAUACACGUUACCUCUGCUUAGCCUUACAUAUAUACAUAUCUUGGCCUUUUUUUUAUUAUUUCCAAAACGUGCUAAUCUCAUUUGACUGCUUCCUCUGUUUCCUUUGGUUUUAGUCAUUAGGUUUUUUGUGCUUGCAGGCGCCUGUUACAACCUCAAACAUAAACCAUUUAUCUCUGCAGAAUCUAUACAAGCGGAAUUAGGACCAGUCCGGAAAUGACUCACUUUUGCAAUGUAAUUAUUUACAAAAGCCUUCCGGUCUAGUAUUUAGUUUGAAGAUAGACGAAUAGUUAUCAUGGCACUAACUGCGGUAAAGAGUUGUUGUCUUUUGCUUGUUUGCACUGUAGGUGAUCUGUCACAAAUGCAACAGGAGAACAAUAUCAUUACUGAAAAAGUACUGAAAAAUCAACUCUGGGUCAAUUCUUUCUCUAAAUUCAAUGCAGCAUGUCAAGAAUCAAUGGGUGCUACAUCUUUGAACAUUUAAGGUGCUAUUUAAAGUUCUAUAGCCAAGGUAAACCAGUACCUCAUGUAUUACACACAUUCAACAAAUCUGUUCUUUUCACUGUUCAGUGUAUUCUUUUUGUGCAUUUCAUAGAGCCGUAUACGAUAAUUAUCUGUUGAAGUGUUUCAGUUCUCUGAUUGUUAUUGUGUCUUCAUUAGAAAACGCUCUGAGACUGUAUCAUUCUCAGACUGUUGAAAACCAUAUUAUAGUUGGCUGACAUCAUAAUGUGGUCUGAUAUAAAUCAUACGAGUUUAUUUUUUAUCAGUUAUUUUGUAUUCAAAGUGUUACUGUUUGUAAUCAGUGCAGGACACUGAUUAUUGCAUUGACUUGUAAAAUACACUGUAAUGUGUCUGCAAAAACAGCAGUUCAGUGUCAACAUGUCCAUGUUAUUUUGAUGUACUUUAAACAUAUACUGAUCUGUUUGCCUUUAUUAGGCCUUAUAUUGCCUUAUAUUAGAGGCAGAAACCUAUUGAGUUUUUGCUGGUUUAUUAUUGAUAUUAUUAUUAUUAUAAUUAUUAUUAGGGUUCAAGCCCCAAAAGGGCUUUAAAAGGACAUGUAUCAAUUCAAUAUUUUGAAAAUCGCUCUAAAGGGGCGUCAUCAGUUCCAAACAUGUGCAUGGGCCUGGUGCAAAUUUGGCCGUAAAUCAAUAACAGUUUGUACAAACAUCACCAAACUUGCUGGAUAUUUUAAAUUGAUCUAUUGAAACAUGUCCCCAAAAUGCCAAGAAAUAUGACUUUGAGUAUGCAAUUACUGAAAGGCUGCAUACAUUAUAAAGAUGAAACCAGUGUGUGAUUGGUCUCACUCGUCAGAAUUAAACCAGCAGAAGUGACUUUGCUCAUUGCUGCUCGCGGCUUUGAUUUUGGCAAUUCAGCUGCUUUCUUCUGGUGAGUGAAAAAAAGGUUUGAACCCGUGAACUGUCGCUUGCGGCUGUAAUAUUCAAUUGUUUUUUUUAAUAAUUAUUUGCUAUGUGAAUACAUCUGUAAAGUUUUUUGUUGACAAUAAAACCCAAAAAUAAAAAAUGACCUUGCUUUUCCUA